AUGCGGUUUCGGUACCACGUCGACAACAGCCGUCAGUCACCGCCUCCGACGCGUCGACUGGCAAUGAACUGCCUGGUCACGGUCGUGUUUCGGAGGCGGCUUCACGAACUGGCAGACGAAACACCAACAAAGCCCGUGCAUUUGAUUAACUUGUGCACAGGCGGUCGGACUCAGCCAUCACGGCUGGAGUACACUUCGCGGAUGGCCCUGCAGAAUGGCCAGUUCGAACGCCCGGUGGUGACGAUCGACGACCUGAAAGAGCUGAACGAUCCUCAAGCACUUGCGGCGACGCUCGGUACCCAGGCUGGGCCCCUGGUACAUUAUGCACCUGACGUCCGCGUCUCUCUUGGAGAAGGUGGCCGAGAACUUUUGCGAGCCUGCCUGCUUCUCAAGCAAGACGGAAGUAGUCUCACGAGCCUUCAAGGCGCUAGCGUUCAGACUCUUCUGCUCCUCGCGCAUCAGGCGGGCCUGUGGUGCAUCGUUCAGCGAAUUGUCGCGGAGCGAGCGACGGGGAUCUUUUCGCGUCUUCAUCUCGCGUUCAACCAGUUCAAAGCACUGCAGAUGCGCCUUCGAAAGGAGCUCCAUACCGAGAGCAUGCUAAUCACGAGGUCUGCAGAUGGCUCUGUGCAGCAUGUCCUUUACGAGCCACAUAAGUCUCUCCAGAUCGGCAAGGAAGGGAGAAGUAUAUUGAAAGCGCGACUUUGCCGUUAUAUCGGUCAUCACCAAGACGAAGUGGCUGCACGACUGGAAGCCUACGGCCUAGGAGCGCUUCCUCUGAAGCAUGCUACAGUACCUCAGCUGCUUGCUAUCGCUUGGGUUCUGAAUCAGUGGGAUCUUGUUAUCCAAGUUGUGCGCCGCCAUGACGAUCAGCGCAGACUGCGGAAGAACCUUGCUAGAUCACCUGCUUCCAAGGACCCUGAUGCCGAUCCCAUGACGCUUUCCGGACCCAACACAGGAAGCGACGACUGCCGCCCGUCGUCUUCCCCAUCAAACCAUGGAUCGUCUUCGCAGACGCAUGCAGGGACAGCGGAGGAGGUUGCCGCUGAACACGGAUUGAGCGCUGCAGGCGACAGCGGUACUUCUGACCGAGAAUUUAAGGACACCCCCCAGCCAGAAUCAUCCACUUGCACUGCCACAGAGGCAACACAGACAGGAAACCAUAGCACUGAGACUGUCUCGGUUGACCGUCUUCUCCAUAUUCUUCAGUCAGCUGAUGAUCCGUCAUGUAAAGAUGCUCCCAAAGUCGCUCGAGAAUUGCUUAAAGAGCUCCUCCGAUGUGUGAGACUCGGAUUGGUUUCAAUGCCUCCAGUCGCUAUCUAUCAGAAACUGACCGAGGCUGCGAAGUCUCUAGGAGUUAGCGGUGGCAUCCUAGAUGCGGGGUAG